CCCUCCUCUCACCAACAACACAACACCACGAUCAGAUCAAUUCAGCUCAGUUUCUUCCUAGCCGAUUAAUCAAUCUACAGAGAUCACAGUUCAAGGAUCAGCGUCUCCUCUUCACCAAGGCAGCAAGGAGAAAGAAGAAAGGAGAAAACUAGAAGAGAGAAAUGGCUGGUGCAGCGAAGGCGUCGUGGAUGGUGGCCAUGAGCGUGGGGGCCGUGGAGGCGCUCAAGGACCAGGCGGGCCUCUGCCGCUGGAACUACGCUCUGAGGUCCAUCCACCGGGCAGCCAAGGCCAACGUGCAGUCAAGGGGCGGCGGCCUCUCGCAGGGCAAGAAGCUGUCUCCUGCCGCUGCCGCGGCAGCGGUGGCAGAGAAGAGGCGAGCGGAGAAGGCAGAGGAGGGGCUGAGGACGGUCAUGUAUCUCAGCUGCUGGGGACCCAAUUAGUUAGGGACUACGUAUGAGAUAGUUUGCCUUGUAGUGUUCUCCUACGAGGUGUGGCUGUGGCAUGAGAACAACCAUGGGCCUGAGACUUGGCUGGUUGUUGAUUGCCCCCGGCUUUGUAAUAUAGUGUAAUCAGUGAUGAACUGAUGAAGAUGAUGAUGAAAAGUUCUGCCAGCUUUGAUUAGCAC